UGCCACGUAAUUCAACAGCAUGAGGACACACAAAAUGUCCACACAGUGCAUGUGUUACGUGCAAUGCACAUUUUUGCCUCGAAGAUGUCACAAUUCUUAUGGCUUAUUUAAAAACGUGUGAAAACACAUUUUAGUUCAGAACCCUUCCUCCGUUGGGUGUGUCAAAAUCUGCGACAGCAAGCUUCCUUCCUCGUUAUAGCUGUGUGUAGAGGAUGAGCCCUCAGUGGAUGGAUGGCUGCACAUACUUCAGCAUCAUAUGCAUGAGGAGGCUGUAAGAGCUGCAGAACCAGCAGGAGAGGAAGUUUGAUUGCCUGACGAAAGACAAAAGAGUCUUCUCAGUGAGAUUCGAACCAAACCUCCUAAAAUCAAAGCUGUUUAUCAGUCAUGGAUUUGAUGAACACUUUCAGCUCCUUGGCGUCCUGCCCGCAUGUGUACGACCGGAGCAACGGCAGCAUCAUCCUGCAGCAUUACAACUACACCGGGAGACUGCAGCACAGAACCACAAACAAGAGCAGCAUCAGCACCGGUUCAGCUGCCCUCCUCUGCAUCAGCCUCCUGAUCGUGCUGGAGAACCUGCUGGUGCUGCUGGCCGUGCUGUUCCACGUGCGCAUGCGCCACCGCUGGCUGAACAUCUGCAUCGCCAACAUUGCGCUCAGCGAUCUGCUCACAGGCGCAGCCUAUGUGGUGAACAUCUGCAUGUCGGGAGCGCGCACUCUGCAGCUCAGCCCGCUCCUCUGGCUCCUGCGUGAAGGACUCCUGUUUGUGGCGUUGUCCGCCUCCGUGUUCAGUUUUCUGCUGAUCGCUGUGGAGCGCUACAUCACCAUGAUGAAGUCGGAGUCUGUGAACAGGGACAGGAAGACAUAUCGGAUCUACAUCAUGGUGGUGCUGUGCUGGGUCACAGCGUUCAUCAUCGGCUUCCUGCCGCUGUUCGGCUGGAACUGCGUUUGCGACCUAAGAGGGUGCUCAACUCUUCUGCCGUUGUACUCCAAGAGCUACAUCCUGUUCGCGCUGGUCAUUUUCUUCAUCAUCCUCCUGACCAUCAGUGGCCUCUAUUUUGCCAUCUACUGGCACGUCCGCAAGAACACGGUGACGAGCUCGGUGAAGAGCAGAAAGCGGUCCAUCCGGCUCCUCAAGGCUGUGAUCUCCAUCGUGGGCGCUUUUAUGGUGUGCUGGGGCCCGUUGUUUGUCCUGCUCUUGGUGGAUUAUUUCUGUUACUCGCGCCUCUGCGAUGCCCUCUUCAGCCCACAGUGGGCCAUCGCACUAGCUGUCCUUAACUCAGCUGUCAACCCGUUCAUCUACUCGAUGGGCAGCCAGGAUCUGCGCAAGGCCAUCAGCAGUCUCCUGUGCUGCAUCUGCCGCCCAGAGAGCUUCUCGUCCAAGGAGACAUCGAGCACUUCGGUGAGCCGCCAUAGCAGCCUGCGCAACAGCUUCAACAAGGUGCGGAACCUGAGCACGAGCCCACGGAGCCAGGAGAGGACUGGCAAGAUGACCAGGCUGAGCUCCACCACCUCAUGCCUGUCUGCAUCGAGCACUUAAACCACAAGUUUCACAAAUAAACCACAAGAGCAUCACACACCCACAUGCACACAACCACAUGCACACACACACACACACACACAUCCACACACACACGCACGCACAAACACACAUGCACACACACACACAUGCACACAUCCACACACACAUCCACACGCACACAUCCACACACACGCACACAUCCACACACACACACACACACACGCACACAUAUACAUAAAUGUGUAAUUCACUCAGGGCCACCAGCACACUUGUUAGAAUAGUUAACACAUAAAGGCUUUUUUUUUUUUCUUGAAAAAAGAUGAAACUAUGAGAAUGUAUUUUUUAAAAACACAGUGAAUUUUUGGUCUCUCAGGAACAAGCAUGUACAUGUUCAUAAAGUCUCUUAUGUGUGGGGUUAGCAUGUAUUUUUUGUGCAUUUUUUUAAUUUGUUAUUUCUUGCAGUGUAGUACUUUGAGUAGCCUACUAUAUUUGUAAUUAAUAAAAAAAAACAAAACAAAACAAAAUAAUCAAAAAUUUAAAAAAUGUGUAGUACUAUUUGUAACUAUUAUAAUAAUAAUAAUAAUAAUAAUAAUAUGUACUAAAGCAUUUAAUAAGAAAUUAUCAUUCUAAAAAAAUUAGAUAAAGUUUAUAAAAAUAUUAUAAUAGGCCUAAUAAAAGAUAAAAAAAUAGUCAUACUUCUUACAGAAAAAAGGAUUUAAAAAAGAAGGAAUGAAGGAAACAAAUAAAUGCAAUAUAUGUUUAUCAUGUACUCACCAAACAGCUUUGAAUGAAAAUGAUGAAAAUGUACUGAAACUGUGUAAGGAGAAAACUAUGUAACUGUAUGUUGAAUAUUUUUAUGAUUAUGAAAUGUUUACACUUUAUUUUGCUGUGAUGUAAUAUAAGAGCUCUAUAUCUGAAAUAAAGAGAAAUAUUUAGUGAUAAUUAAAGUUGUCCGUAUUUAAUCGUUUGCUCUGUGGAGAUGAUGUCACACCAAUUGGCCACAAGAGGGCGACUUUUACACAAUUCCUAUUGUAGGCGCUUACUAAACUUAACCAUUUAUUUGACAAAAAACAAGCUGCGAGACUCUGAAAACAUUUGAAAAUCUUUGAACGUUUUUAAAUUUACAUGAAAACUAUGUUACAAAGUGCACCCAGUGAACAAAAAAAAAAAACCAAUCUGUGAGGUAUAUCAGGAUUUCACCACUUCCUUCCCUUUAUUACAGAGAUGCCACUAUAUGACGUUUUCUUUUCUGAUACUGAUACAGCCAACACCCAAAUAAUUAACUAAAUUAAUAAUUAAAAUGUUUUUUGAACUCAUGCACUUCACAGUUAAACUCUUUCAAAGAAAACUCACUUAGACUGCAAAUAGAAUAAAGUAUAAAGUAAAACAUAUAAUAAUCCCAAUAAAAGAAAAAAAAAAAGUUGUCUCUUUAUAUGUAGACAUUUCAUGUUCAAAGAUACAUUUCUUCCAAAUCCAAUUCCAAUCUUUGCCAUUUGGUAGAGGAUCUGAUACAGUAUAUUUUCUCUGAUAUCUGAUCUACUAAUUAUUAUU